UGUGAGGGCAGCGAAAAUAUAAAAUACCAGAGCGAUCCAUGGAUUGACAAAUUAUUAUUAUUUUUAUUUGCAAAAAUAAAAUCGAGCAACUCUCUCUCUAUCUCUCUCACUCACUUUCUCUCUCUAAAAAGAAAACCCUAACUUUCUCUCUCCAAACAUUGUUUUUUUUUUUCUUUCCGCUUUCUCUCUCUUGGAUUCGUGUGGUUCUGGGCCUUCAAUGGUGUGAGAUUAGGGCUAGACCUGCGAGAUUGUCAAGGAUCUAGACCAAAGAAACAGGAGAGGGGAGGAACAAUGGCGUCGGCAGAGAAAGAGCUCGAAGCACAGCUUACGGAAGCUGGGAAUCAGCUCUUGGAACCUCCGUCUUCCGUCCCUGACCUCCUUGAUGUUCUCGACAGAGUUGAGAAUUUUCUAUCGAAGGUAGAACAAUCACCUACAAAGUCAAUGCAAACUGCACUUUCCCCAUCACAGAAUGCAUUGGUUGCUGAGGAACUUUUUAGGCAUUCAAAUCCUGAUGUCAAAGUUGGAGUUGCAGCUUGCAUCAGUGAGAUAACAAGAAUAACUGCACCUGAUGCACCUUAUGAUGAUGAGCAAAUGAAGGAAGUCUUUCAUCUUAUUGUAUCAUCCUUUGAAAAUCUACAUGACAAGUCGAGCCGAUCAUACGCAAAGAGGGCUUCCAUUCUUGAAACUGUUGCGAAGGUCAGAUCGUGUGUGGUGAUGUUGGACCUUGAAUGUGAUGCAUUGAUCGUUGAAAUGUUCCAACAUUUUCUUAAGGCGAUAAGGGAUUAUCACCCAGAGAACGUUUUUUCUUCCAUGGAGACUAUUAUGACUCUUGUUUUAGAAGAAAGUGAAGAAGUAUCUGCUGAGCUACUAUCUACCUUAUUAGCUAGUGUGAAAAACGACAAUGAGGACAUUCUACCAAUUGGACGGAAGUUGGGGGAGAGAGUACUUGAAAGCUGUGCUACUAAACUUAAGGAUUACCUGAUAGAUGAAGUAAAAAGCUUGGGCAUUGUUUUUAAUGAUUAUAGUAAAGUUCUAGCAUCAAUAUGCCAAGAGGCAGGUGACGAUACUGAGCAGAAUGAAGGCCGUGAUGCUGAGCAGAAUGAAGUCCAUGAUUCUGAUGAAAAUGUGGCUGCCGAGGAGAAGUCAGCAAUUAGGGAAUCUUCCAAUGAGGUGGCCCAAGUAGAUAAAGAAAAGGCAGAAGCACCAGUUUCUCCUGAACGAGUUGAUCCAGCUGUUGACAGAUCUUCAAAGUUAGUUGUGAACAAUGGUAAUGCAGAGACUGGAGAAGAUGACUCUGUUGCCGAGUCAAAUGCCUUGAAGAAGGAAGAGGAGGGCAACGAUACUGAGGAUCAGAAAGAUCCAAAUGCAUCAAGCAAUGCUGAACCUGAUAGUUUGGAGACUGAGAAAGCUGCUGAGGCAGAGCAAAUUCCAGAAAUAUCUACCAAAGAAAGAGCUGGGAAUUCUGAUUUGUCAACAAAAUCAACACAACCUUUAGAUAAUUGUCAAGCUGAUAAUGAGGAAGAUACUGAGAUACAGCCAGAACAUAAGCGUGAAACAGAAGAUAUUCCCAGCUCACCUCGUGAGGAUCCUUCUGUGGAGGCAGCUGUGCAAUCGAAAAAUGAGAAAGUAUCUGAUGUUAACAUCUCUUCAAAGCCAUUGGAAAAGGAACCUGCUGCUGUUGCCUCUCCAUCUCCAAGUGAGAGCCUUCCUGGUGAAAGUCGCUCCAAAAAGGCUGGACGGAAUAAGAAGAAAGAUAGUUCUAAUAAAGGAGCAGCACCAUCGGCAGAUGAUGAACCCAAAAAGGUAACUGACGGAACCAGUGAUUCAGAAUUAAAACCAAGUAGACGCUCUGGGAAAAAGGUGUCUGCUGGGGUUUCUAAUGAGAAUAAAAGUCCAAUUGUGGUGGAGGCAUCUAGAAAGGAAAGUGGCACCACAAGUGAUUCAGAAGCAAAACAGAAGUCAGUCAAGAAGGUAGAUGGGAACACUAAAACUAGCGGUGGGUCUUCUAUAAAGCAAGCAGAAGAUAAGAAAAAGCGGGGUCAAGGAAAAGUUACUCCGGCAAAGGCUGCAACAAAAUCUUCAGCUAAGGAUGAUGACAAAGUACUUUCCUAUUGGCUUUGAUACCGUCACUUGUUU